ACAAAGAAAAGCUAUACCCCCUCCCCAUCUCCUUGCCGAGCCCCACAGCCCCUCGCUCCGUGCAUCUUCUUCCUCCUCGCGCGAGCGCCGCCACUCAUGCCGCUGCCGAGCGCCCGAGCCCCCUUCGUCUUCCUCCUCGCUCGAGCGCCUCCACCGCAGGUUGAUCUGGUCUGAUUAUCCUCUGUGGUCUACUUCUGUUAAGCAAUGUUUUACUGCACUCACUGUGCUGAUUAUUGCCCAUACAUAAAGGAUCCUGACAAAGGAUAUAUAUGCUGUGGAACUUGUGGGAAGGUUCUUGAUCAGGACAUUUACGACACUGAGCCCACUUUUGUCAAGGACGGCUUAGGGCAGGAGAAGUACAUUCAGGAUCUUCUUGCUCGUGCUGGUCUUACUGAUGAGCGCACUGUUGAGACUCCGAUGGAGCUCAAUGUUCAUCUUCGUGCUUCUGUUGGUUUACUUGGAAAAAGGGACAAUGCCGUCUCGGACACAGCCUUACGCAUUGUAGCUAGCAUGAAGCGAGACUGGAUGCAGACUGGGAGAAAGCCAAGUGGAUUAUGUGGUGCAGCAUUAUAUAUCGCUGCACUUUCGCACGGGUAUAAUUAUACUAAGUCAGAUAUUGUUGCAGUUGUGCAUAUCUGUGAGGCAACGCUAACUAAACGUUUGAUAGAGUUUGAAAAUACGGAUUCUGGUAGCCUAACGAUUGAAGAUGUUUUGGCAAAGGCUGAUGAAGAGCAACCUGUCUCAAAACCUUCACGCAAGUCUGGAGAAGUCCUCUGCAAGCACAAGGAUAAAGACAUUGAGCAUUUUGCUCAUGGACUUUGUGAAAAAUGCUACAACAAAUUUAUUAAAAUGUCGGGUGGAUUAGAGGGCGGGGCUGAUCCUCCAGCUUUUCAACGAGCUGAAAGACAAAGACUCGAAGCUGCGAAAAAAUCCGAGGAAGCUGCUGCACUCAAGGAGGCAGCAUUAGGAGAGUCGAAUUGUGAGAUACAGAAUUCUGAUGUUGAAGAUAACAUAAUUAGCCCUAAGAAGGGGGCAAUUGGAGAUAAAUCUUUGACCAUUCCUUCUGAGCAAAAUGCAAAUGAUAACAUAGCUUCGAAAGAUCCUGAAGUGGGAGGUGAAAACAGUAAACCUGAUGCUGAUCCAGAGAGUUUUUCUGAUAUUGAUGAUGUGGAGGUUGACGGGUAUCUUCACAACGAGGAAGAGACACAUUACAAAAAGAUAAUCUGGGAAGAAAUGAACAAAGAAUACAUAGAGGAACAAGCUGCAAAGGAAGCUUUGGCAGCUGAAUUAGCAGCUAGGGGUGUGGGCAUGGGAGGGGGACAACAGAAAAAACGAAGACGUAAUGAAGACACUAAGAACUUGUCACCUGCUGAAACACCAGCUGAAGCAACAUACAAUAUGUUGAAACGAAAGGGACUUGGGUCAAAAAUCAACGUUGAAGCAGUCGGUGGAUUGUACAAUACUAAAGAUGAAGAAGGCGAGGCAAAUGAAAAAGGAGACAUGGGCUUUGAUGGGGAAUAUACACAGGACAUUGGUGAUGGCGAAACAUUUGAAGGGGGCGACGACUAUGCAGAUUACAACAAUGAUGGUGAAGGUGGUGCUGGAGCCUAUACUGAUUAUGAUGAGUUUGGUUUCUAAUAGCAAAAUUCUGAGUGGCAAGCUCAACAAAAUUUAUUUAGAGUUUCAGUUGACUCAAAAAUCCUAUUUUAUCCAAAAGCUGGAAGAAAUGAUUGCAAUAUUCUUCAUUUGUACAAGAAGAUAUUUCAGUAUUUUUGAACUUCUAAAACAAAUGAGGUUUCGUUAAGAUAGACCGAAUUCAUAGUCAAGUCUAUCAGUGUAUGAUUGAAAGAAAUAUCAGUGUGAUCUUAACUACGAAUCUUCUACUCAGGCCUCA